AUGUCUGUCACCAGUCAAACCCUGCGACAGCUCUCUUUUCGCGCCCCACGAUCGCUUCCCCUCCGUCAACUAGCAACUUCAUCCGUAGCAGCCUCGUCUUUACGCUCGCAUUCCUCUAGAUCAUCCUUUUCCAGCAAGCAUUUGCAAUCUAGAUCUCCCUUCUCCACAAUGUCCUCCCUCAAAUCCGCUGCUUCGGCCACCCCCGCCGUGGCUCGUGAUUAUGACCCUGAAAUCAAUGAUAUGGCUAGCUACAUUCACAAUUACAAAAUCAAUUCAGAUCUUGCGUUUGAUACUGCCCGCUUUGUCUUUCUUGACACCCUAGGAUGUGGGUUGGAGGCUUUGAAAUUCAAGGAGUGCACGAAACUCCUGGGGCCCAUUGUUGAAGGCACCAUUGUCCCCAAUGGCACCAAGGUGCCUGGAACUCCAUAUCAGCUCGAUCCUGUCAAUGGUGCUUUCAACAUUGGUGCUAUGGUCCGCUGGUUGGACUACAAUGAUUGCUGGUUGGCUGCUGAAUGGGGCCAUCCUUCUGACAACUUGGGCGGCAUCCUAGCCGUGGCUGACUGGAUCUCACGCACUAACCGCGCUGGAGGGUCCCUUGGCAAUGGCAAGAUUCCCACUGUCCGUGAUGUGCUUGAAGCGAUGAUAAAGGCCCACGAAAUCCAGGGUGUCCUUGCUCUCGAGAACUCCUACAACAAGGUCGGCUUGGAUCACGUGGUUUUGGUCAAGGUUGCUACCACUGCAGUGGUCUCCAAGCUGCUUGGUCUAAAUGAGAAGCAGACUGCCGAUGCCAUCACCCAGGCCUGGGUUGAUGGCCAGAGCUUGCGAACCUACAGACACUCCCCCAACACCAUGUCGAGAAAGUCGUGGGCUGCUGGUGAUGCAUGCCAGCGCGCGGUCAAUCUCGCGCUCAAGGUACAGAAGGGAGAACCUGGGGUACCCACCGUUCUCUCUGCGCCAGUCUGGGGCUUCUAUGAUGUCCUGUUCAAGGGCAACAAGUUCAAGUUCCAGCGCCCUUAUGGCAGCUACGUGAUGGAGAAUGUACUCUUCAAGGUCUCCUAUCCUGCUGAAUUCCACUCGCAAACCGCUAUUGAGGCUGCCACCCACGUCAACAAGAAGCUGGCUAGCAUGGGCAAAUCCGCCAAAGACAUCAAGGAUGUCACCAUUCGCACUCAUGAGGCCUGCGUCCGUAUCAUCGAUAAACAAUUCAAGCCCAUGGACAACUUCGCUGAUCGCGACCACUGCAUCCAGUACAUGGUUGCUACUAUGCUCACCUUCAACCGUCUCCUUGCAACUGAUUACACCGACGGCUCCGAAGCAGCUACCUCUGAGCUCCUUGAGUCUCUCCGCAAGCGCAUCAAGUGCGUUGAGGACCCUCAGAUGACCAAGGACUACCACGACCCAAGCCUCCGCACAAUUCCCAACGCACUAACCGUCACCCUCAACGACGGUACCGUUCUUGAUGAAGUCGUCGUCGAUGCCCCUCUCGGCCACCGCCUGCGUCGCGAGGAGGCGAAGCCUGAAAUCCUCGCCAAGUACAAGAGACACCUUGAAGGACACUAUGACGCUGCCAAGGUUGAGCAACUCAUUAAGCUUGGUCUUGACCAGAAAGGGCUUGAGUCUAUGGAUGUUGAUAAAUAUGUUGAUUUGUAUGUUAAGGAGAAGGUCGAUUUCUAAGUAGAUCGAUUUCAGUUUGUUUUGUUCCUCAAGAGGAUCUACGUCUUCUUGAGACAGAUAGAGAAACAGUAUGUAUGUAAAAUGUAUACAUAGAUUAAAGAUGUGUUUGGGAGUGGUGGGGAUUUCUUGUGUCUUCAGCACUAUUUGAGCAUAUGUUACAAAAAGACGACGGUGGAUGAGAGUUUUUUGCCCUGCCCAUAUCCCACUGCAAACUAGGAUUUUCUAUCUCCUUAGACAUUUACUUUAUAUUGCGUUUUCCUUAUGCAUAUUUAAACAUUUUC